AUGUUGUUGUUGUUGCUGUGUCAAAAGCCAACGUAUAGACUACUAAGAUAUAGUAUUAAGAAAUAUCUGACAAGUCUAUAUAGUCUACGUGGUUCAACGAGAGUUAAUUUACUUCAUCGAACUUAUGCAACUUCCAUAGCAGAAGAGAAUAUUAAUCAUGGUGAUCUGUCACCUAUUUUGAACAAUAAUAAUAAAGUACAACUUGAAAAUAUUAAAUAUAUUAAUACUUUGAUACAUCCAAUACUUUUAGAUUUGAACAAUAAACUAAUUCAAGGUAAAUUUGAUUCACCUUAUUCCAUUCUCAAUAAUCAACCAUUAGAUGUAAAGACUGCAAUUUUCAAAUCAUUUGAACAACAACUUACCAAAGCAUUAUUUUCAAAAUCCAUUCCUGAAAAUAAAAUAACUUUGGUAGAUUAUUUAAAUCCUACUCUUGACAAUAUUCCCCUGUUAUUACAAUUAAUUUCCACUAAUACUUAUCCCAAUAAUUUUCUUGAAUUCAAUAACUUAUCUUCGAAUAAUGAAUUAAUAAUGCAAUUAUUCACUCAAUUACUACAUAAAAUAUUUCUUCAAUAUAGAAUAGAAAAUGCAUCAUUUGAAAAGGCUAAAGUUGAUUUUUCUAAUCCAGCUGAAUGGUUCCCUGAGGCAAGAAAAAUGAAACGGAAAAUAAUUAUGCAUGUUGGACCAACAAAUAGUGGUAAAACAUAUAAUUCAUUAAUCAAAUUAUCUAAAAGUAAAACUGGUUAUUAUGCUGGUCCUUUAAGAUUACUUGCUCGUGAAAUUUAUGAAAAAUUCAAUUCUCAAGGUAUUGGAUGUAAUUUGAUAACUGGAGAAGAAGUUGUUCCUUCAAUUGAUAAAUAUGGGAAAGUUAGUGGUAUAGCAUCAGGAACAAUUGAAAUGAUUCCAUUACAUAAAAAAAUGGAUCUUUGUGUUAUAGAUGAAAUUCAAAUGAUUUCUGAUCCAUUAAGAGGAUCAGUAUGGACUAAUGCUGUUUUAGGAGUUUUAGCUCAUGAGAUUCAUCUUUGUGGAGAAGAAAGUGCCGUACCAUUUAUUCAAAAAAUGGUUAAAAUCACUGGUGAUGAAUUAGAAAUUAAAAAAUUUGAUCGAUUAGGGAAAUUAACAGUAGAAAAACUGAGUAUUAAUCUUUUGCAAUUGAAAAAAGGUGAUUGUUUAGUGGUAUUUUCUAAAAAAAAAAUAUUGAAAUAUAAAUGUGAUAUAGAACGAAAUACAAGAUUAAAAGUUGGAGUAAUAUAUGGAGCAUUACCACCAGAAAUUAGAUCUCAAGAGGCAUCUAAAUUUAAUAAUGGUGAAUAUGAUGUUUUGGUGGCAUCAGAUGCUAUAGGUAUGGGAUUAAAUUUGAAAAUAAAUCGUAUUGUUUUCAGUGGAGUCAAUAAAUUCAAUGGUUCUACUCUACAAAAAUUAUCUGUUCUGCAAGUUAAACAAAUUGCUGGUCGAGCAGGAAGAUUUAGUGCUCAACAUGGACUGAAAGAAGGAUUUGUUACUGCAUUACAUCGAUCAAGUUUGGUUUAUAUUAAUCAAUGUUUGAAAACACCGGUUUCGGAAAUAUUAAAAGCUAGUAUAUGGCCCACAAAUGGUAUUUGGAGACAAUAUAUGGCAAAUAAUCCUAAAAAGAAUUCAUUAUCAUCAGUGUAUGAAAAUUUUUUAACCAAUGUAUUAAAAUUUCAAAAUGAUAAUUUUUUCAUUUCUGAAUUAGAUCAAAAAGUUCAACUUUUGAAUUUAGUUUCGAAAGACCGGUUCUUAUCAACCAUGAUAAUUGAUGAUCAAUUAACUAUAAGUGAAACUCCAAUUAGUUUCAGAACUUCAAAUAAUCCUAAAUUGCUCCAAAAUACGGUAAUCCAGUUUUAUAAGACAAUUGUUAAACGUGAUUGUAAGUCAAUAUUGGAUUUUGGAUUUUUAGAUUUAGAAUUAUUAUCACAAACAUCAUUUGUUGAUACUAAUGUGAUGGUACCUUUACAAAAAGUUGAAAAACUUGAAGAUAUGCAUAAAUUAGUAUUAUUAUUUCUUUGGUUAAGUCAAAGAUUCCCAACUUUAUUUAUUGAUAAAGAUAGUGCCAUGGAAGUAAAAGCUUUAGUUGAAAAAAGAAUUAAUCAAGAAUUAGUUAAUGUGGAAAGAGCAAAUAGUUUUUAUCUGGAUCGAUUAAAAGGGUAUUAA